UUUUUUUUUUUUUUUUUUUCACCCCCUCCCCCCUACUGGGAAAAAACUCUUUCUUUACCAGCAACGCACUUUGCUUGUGACGACGUUCCUUGACGGUCUUUGUACCGGGCUAUACCCUUCAAAUAAUCUUCACCAUGGCUGAAAAGACGAACGGUGCUGCUGCACCUAACGGAGCUGCCGAUGCGCCCAAGUCGACUCCCGAACAGGCACAGGAUGUCGCUAAUGUUCCCGUCACCGACGAAAAUGGCGAGCAGAUUCCAGAGGACACCGUUCUUUCUCUGACCAUAGUGCUCCCUCAAAACUCCGAGAAGAUACCCAUUGCCGUCUCCCCCCACGAGCAGGUCCAUGAAGUCAGACAGUCCAUUAUUGAGAUGCCCAACGCCUUGCAAUACUCGUGCUUUCAUUUGGAACACAAGGGCGAGCGCAUCAACGACUUUGCUCAAAUAUCCGAGAUCAAGGACAUUGCAGACGGUGACGAGAUUCAUCUUGUCGAGGACCCCUACACUGAGAAGGAGGCGCGGAUUCACCUGAUUAGGGUUCGUGAGUUGAUCGGCGCCGCCGGAGACCGGACUGAUUCUGUCCAGGGCAUCCUCCCAGGCCUCUCGGUAUAUGACACUGUCGCUGCUGAAGCUCGUAAUGCUACUACGGUAGGAGAAUACGACUUCAAUGCCGGGCCGAAUGUCAAGGCUCUUCUGCCAAAGGAGAACGAUCCUCAGCCCAAGACUGUGAAGGCAAUUCAGGUUUCGCCAUGGAACCCCCCGCCAGCACAUUUUAGGCAGAAGGGUCACUUGAUUUAUCUCAUAAUCACGACCAACGAAGGCGAGCAGUUCCAGAUCACUGGGCAUGUUGGUGGAUUCUUCGUCAACAAAUCUUCAAACAGCAAAUUCGACCCGUUACCUCGUGCGGGUCCCAAGGCCUACGCUGCACACUCGCUCCUGACCCUGAUAGAGCAACUAUCGCCCGCAUUCUCCAAGGCCUUUACCGAGCUUCAGGAGUACACCAACCAAAGGGAACCCCUUUCCACAUUCCAAAUCACCAAUGCCAUCCCUGCUGCUCCUUGGCUGGUCCCAUCUGCCAACUCAGCUGCCUGCACACAUACCCCCGAUAUCACCAGAACUCAGGAGUCUUUCCUCGUUUCUGGUGUAGAGAACACCGACACCUUGAGGGAUUGGAACGAGGAGUUCCAGUCCGCUAAAGAGUUGCCCAAGGAUGGUGUGCAGGAUCGUGUCUUCAGGGAGCGUUUGAUCUCCAAGCUGUUCGCGGACUACAACGACGCUGCUGCUCGGGGCGCCGUGCUCGUUGCACGUGGCGAGGUUGCACCCCUGAACCCGACCGAGGGCAAGGACGCACAGAUCUUUGUUUACAACAACGUAUUCUUCUCGUUCGGCGCAGACGGUGUCGGUACUUUCACGUCGGAGGGUGGCGAUGAAGCAGCGCGGGUCGCUACCGCCAAGGAUGUUUCUGGUGUCAAAUUGGUGAACCAGCUGGACAUUGAUGGCCUGUACACCCCCGGAACCGUGGUUGUUGACUACCUCGGAAAGCGUAUUGUUGGCCAGAGCAUUGUUCCCGGCAUCUUCAAGCAGAGGGAGCCUGGUGAGAACCAGAUCGACUACGGCGCAGUUGACGGCAAGGACGUCGUUGCAACCGAUGAGCGGUUUGUUCCUCAGUUCCAGAAGCUUUCAAAGGCCUUGAAGGUGAAGCCGCAUGCCGUCUGGGAUAAGGAGGGCAAGCGCCAUGACCUUGAGGGAUCCGUUGAGACCAAGGGUCUUGUCGGAACCGAUGGUCGCAAGUACGUCCUUGACCUUUACCGCAUCACACCGCUGGAUGUAUCAUGGCAGGAGGAGGUUGAGGCCGAUUCAGAUGCUCCCGAAUACCCUCAUCGCAUGACCGUGCUGCGUCCCGAGCUGGUUGAACUUUUCGUAAGACAAAAGAUGCGGGAGUGGGUCUCUUCGGAGGUGGCCAAGCGUGGUCAGGCUAAGAAGGACCAACCUGCGGUGGAGGAGAAGAAGGAGACCAAGGCUGAGUCCGAGGAAGACAGCGACAGCAGCAGUGAGGAGGAGAGCAGCAGCGACGAAAGUAGCAGCGAGGAGAGCAGCAGUGACGAGGAUGAGGAAGAGGAGAAGAAGCCUAAAAAGAAGUCAGUGCCGAAGAAGGUGGUGAAGAAGGAGGAAGUAAAGGAGGAGAAGAAGGAUGAGAAGGAGGCAAACAGCGAUAGGAUCGAUGUUUCCGACUUCUCAUUCACCCUCAACCCCGAUGUCUUCAGUGGACAGGUCCCCCAGACCGAGGCCGAGAAGGAGGCCAUGGCUGCUGAUGAGAAGGACGUCCGCGACGCCUGUGAGUAUCUGCGCAAGACUGCCAUUCCGGAUCUUCUCAACGACCUUAAGGAGUCCGAGAUCAGCUUCCCCAUGGAUGGCCAGUCUCUGAGCCGACUGCUCCAUAAGCGUGGUAUCAACCUGAGGUACCUGGGCAAGGUUGCCACUGCCGCCGACGGACCUCGUCUGCAGUGCCUGAAGGAAGUCAGCGUACGCGAGAUGAUCGCAAGAGGUUUCAAGCACGUUGCUGCCACGCACCUGCGCUACCUGCCUCUUCCCCUUACUUCAUCGUGCAUCUCACAUCUCCUCAACUGCCUGCUUGGUACCGCAUUCAACGCCAAACCCACAGCAGAGAUUGACCCGUCGAUCAGGUCGCUGUAUGACGAUGCAGAUGUGGCGUUUGAGAAUGUCACUCCUGAAAGCCUUAGGACCGCCAUCCAGGAGGAGGUUGCCCGCCGCUUCCGCUACACCCUUGCUUCUGACUGGUACAACAACCUUCCCCAUCUGCACAUGUUGCGUGAGGUCUGCCUGAAGCUGGGUAUUCAGAUGCAGCACAAGGAGUUCCUCUUCACCUCCGAUGGUGCUGCUAGCCAGCCCGCUGCCGUCCCGGUCACCAACGGCAAUGGCAACGCCCCUACUGAGGGUAGCAAGAAGAACAAGAAGAAGAAGAAGGCCGCCCGGGAUACCUCUCCCGACUCGGUCACUUCUUCAUCGAGCGUCCCGCACACUUUCGUCCCAGACGACAUUAUCAACGUCGUUCCCAUCGUCAAGGACUCGUCUCCUCGUAGCGUCCUGGCUGAGGAGGCGCUCGAGGCUGGUAGGAUCUCGAUCCUCCAGAACCAGAGGAAGAUUGGCCAGGAGCUUCUGCUGGAGUCUUUGUCCCUGCACGAGCAAAUCUACGGGAUCUUGCACCCUGAGGUUGCACGCGUUUACCACUCGCUCGCCAUGCUGUACUUCCAGCUGGAGGAGAAGGAUGCCGCCGUUGAGCUCGCUCGCAAGGCUGUCAUCGUAGCCGAGCGAACUAUCGGUGUCGACUCUCAGGAAACGCUGUUGGAUUACCUCAACCUGAGCUUGUUCCUUUACCAGCUGGGCGACAGCAAGCAUGCGCUCGAGUUCACCAAGCAUGCGCUGAACAUGUGGAAGAUCAUCUAUGGCCCGGACCACCCUGACAUGAUCACCACUAUUAACAACGCUGCCGUGAUGCUCCAGCAACUCAAGGAGUACCACGAGUCGCGCAGGUGGUUCGAGGAGGCCCUUCGUAUCUGUGAUAUCGUCUUUGGCAGGCAGUCGGUCAACAGCGCCACGCUGCUCUUCCAGUUGGCUCAGGCCCUGGCCCUGGACCAGGAACCCAAGGCUGCCGUGGUCAAGAUGAAGGAGAGCUACAACAUCUUCUUGGCCGAGCUCGGACCCGAGGACAAGAACACCAAGGAGGCCGAGGGCUGGUUGGAGCAGCUGACCACCAACGCCGUCAGCAUCGCCAAGCACGCCAAAGACGUCGAGCAGAGGCGUCUGCGGGCCGGCAUCCGGUUCACACCCCGUGCUGGGGCUAUCGGUUCAACCUCGACUGCGGCAACCAAGGCGGCCAAGUCUGAGAUUGAGCGACCGGCGGCUGCGUCGUCGAUGGAUUCGCGCAGCAUUGACGAGCUGCUCAAGUUCAUUGAGGGUACAGACAAGCAGAAGAAGCCCGCGGCCAAGAAGCGAACUGGUCGUGCCAACCCCAAGCGCAGGGGUGCCGAGCCCGUGAGCACCAAGGCAUAAACGUUUUCUCACUCGGCAAUGGGAUUGCUUAUUCAAACUUCAUUCAACAUCUCGCACCAUCUACUACAAGAUAGCAAUCCGUUUUUUCCCCCAAUAUCUCCUCUCCCAAUCUUCUAUAUGGUAUACCGCUUUUAUUAAACUCCUUUCCCGUUUACGGAGGAGGUUUUUUUGCUGUUUCUGGGACGCCAUCUCACACCGUCCUUGGCACAUUGAUUCUCUGUAAUAAAAGUUCAUACACAUCUCCACUGCACGGUUUUCGAUAUAAACGUUAUAAAUAACAAAAAAAAUCUUGGCUGGCUGGCUGGCGGGCGGGGAUAGGCAAAACAAAAACAAAAAAGGGGCGGCUUGUGGUGCAUAUUGUACGACUAAGAGUUAUUAGAUGAGUUGGCGGGUCGCAAAGCAUCAUACGCAGCAUCGGGAAGGGGGGUUUUCGUCUGUUCUGUCAGUAUCAUGCAAUUGCAAUGAGAAGUUCGUCAUCCAGCAUCGGGGGGUUUUGUUUUUAUCAGUUUAAUGACUCUUGAUCAAAUUCUUGUUUACUAUUUUUUGAUGUAUGUUGUGCUUGUAAGCGCUUGGUUAUUGCAAUUGCUGCAUUGAUUGCGAACCAACUGAAACUGGAA